UAAUAAAGUCACAUGAUGGAAAGCUCAAACUCUCCACCUUCCUUUUCAUUCUUUCUUUCUUCCUUCCUUCUCUCACCUUCUCAACACAAAUCCCCAUCUGCAUAAACCAAACCAAAGUUUUUUGGCCUCAAAACUCACAACUUUACAUUCAUUCAAUUUCCAUUUGCUUUCUCAAUUCCCAUCUUCAUUCAUUGUCCUUCUGAUUGAUUGGCUUUGAGAGAAACUUGCGAACUCAAGCCUUUCCCCCUUUUGGCUAAGCUCAGAAAUUCACACAAAAAAAUAGAUUUUCUCCCUAGAAAGUAAGGUGCUUGGUCUAGGAUUUUCAUUGGGUCCAAGAAAGAGGGCAUCUUUACUAUGGUUUUUAAGGUUUCUCUCAUUUUGAUUCUCCUUGUGAUAUGCUCUUGUGACGUGGAAGCCGUUUAUGGGAAUCACAAUGACAACAGUUUCAACAAAAAUGGAUCUUCUCUUGCUGCCAUAAAGUUUCCUCAUCAUCCAAGUUUCAAUGAUGUCUCUUCUUCAGGGGACACUGAUUGUAGCCUCUCAAAUUCUGAGCAACUUCCCACCAUGACAUCAGGUGAAGAAAAGGGUGAUGCUUUUUCAGCAUCAAAACCGAACAAGCAUUUGGUGAAAUUCCACUUGAAACACAGGUCAGGGAGCAAAGAUUCUGAGCCUAAAAAGUCUCUUAUUGUGAGGGAUUUGACCAGAAUUCAGAACCUUCACAGAAGGGUCAUAGAAAAGAAGAACCAAAACACAGUUUCAAGGCUGCAAAAAUCACAGGAUCAACCAAAGAAGCAGUCCUACAAGCCGGCGGUUGCUCCGGCGGUUUCGCCGGCAAGUGGGGUCUCCGGGCAGCUUGUGGCAACCUUGGAAUCUGGGGUGAGUCUUGGCUCUGGUGAGUACUUAAUGGAUGUGUUUGUGGGAACACCUCCGAAGCAUUUUUCUCUGAUACUUGAUACUGGUAGUGACCUAAAUUGGAUUCAAUGUGUUCCUUGCAUUGCAUGUUUUGAGCAAAGUGGGCCAUAUUAUGAUCCUAAAGAUUCUAGCUCUUUUAGGAAUAUAAGUUGUCAGGAUCCAAGGUGCCAAUUGGUUUCAUCCCCGGAUCCACCUAAGCCUUGCAAGGGUGAGAAUCAGAGUUGUCCCUACUUUUAUUGGUAUGGGGAUGGUUCAAACACAACUGGGGAUUUUGCAUUGGAGACUUUUACUGUUAAUCUAACCACUCCUUAUGGGAAGUCAGAAUUGAAGCAUGUGGAGAAUGUGAUGUUUGGAUGUGGUCAUUGGAAUAGAGGCCUUUUUCACGGUGCUGCUGGUUUGCUAGGAUUGGGGAGAGGACCACUGUCAUUUGCUUCUCAGAUGCAAUCUCUCUAUGGUCAUUCCUUUUCCUAUUGUCUUGUGGAUAGAAACAGCAAUGCAAGUGUCAGUAGCAAAUUGAUCUUUGGUGAGGACAAGGAACUUCUCAGCCACCCCAAUUUGAAUUUCACUUCUUUUGCUGGUGGCAAAGAGAAUCCAGUUGAUACAUUUUACUAUGUGGAGAUAAAAUCUGUUAUGGUUGAUGAUGAGGUGCUGAAGAUACCUGAGGAGACUUGGCAUUUGUCAGCAGAAGGUGCUGGUGGAACCAUAAUUGAUUCUGGCACCACAUUAACAUAUUUUGCUGAGCCUGCUUAUGAGAUCAUCAAGGAGGCUUUUGUGAAGAAAAUUAAGGGCUAUGCACUUGUUGAAGGCCUUCCUCCUCUAAAGCCAUGUUACAAUGUGUCUGGAAUUGAAAAGAUGGAGCUACCUGACUUUGGGAUCUCGUUUGCUGAUGGGGCAGUGUGGAAUUUUCCGGUGGAAAAUUACUUCAUCCAGAUUGAUCCUGAUGUUGUUUGUUUGGCUAUUUUGGGGACUCCUAGAUCUGCUCUUUCAAUAAUUGGAAACUAUCAGCAGCAGAAUUUUCACAUACUGUAUGACAUGAAGAAAUCUAGACUUGGGUAUGCACCCAUGAAGUGUGCUGAUGUUUAACAUUUUAUUGGAGGUUGAAAGGUGUAUAGUCUCAUAAUUGUAAACAUGGUGAGUCCGGGGGUAGAUUUUUGGGGUUUCCCUUAGAUGCAAAUUGGAAUGUAAUAUACACAGAAAAAGAAAUAAAUAAAAGGUGAUUAUAGAACUAGGAUUCAGGUAAUUACAGAAACUGGGUCAUGACAGACACAAAUAUUUGUUUUGUACACAUUUUGACUGCUUCAAUUUUGAGCUUGUCUCAUUUAAUUUUAAUACUUUGUUCUUUCUAUUCUAUUUGAUGUUCUCUCUAUUGUUUUAUAUAUUUUCGAAGGAAAAUUGCUUUGUGUAUAUAUUAUCAGUUCAUGGUUUGCUGCAACAUUUGUUACUAUUCUACAUUCUUGUAGACUAUUUCCUUUAAAAUUUGUACUUCUUUUCUUUUAAAAUACUUUUAAAUGAAGAAAAUAAUUCAAAUAUUACAUGGUUGUUUCCUAUGUGUCGCAUCAAUGUAUUGUUCAAUGGCUUUUCUGUUAGGUAAACUGCCAACUUUUUAACCCAAAAAAAAAAAAAAAAAAA